AUGUUUGAAAGUAAAAGUGAUUUGAUAAUUGAGAAAUGUUUGAAAGAGAGAGUACCUGAUAAUUUAGAGGAAUUCAAUUUUUAAAUAGAGGAAUGGCUAUACAAAUAGAAGUAGAAUAGAGCUUUGUUUAUAAGUGAAGAAGAUGGAAAUGAUAUAUAAUUUGUAUUAUCACAUUGGAUGUAAAAAUUGAAUGUAAAAUUUGAUAAUGAAUGAUAUAGAAAGAUAUGGUUAUAGCUUAUUUUGUAGAGCAUGAAAAUUAGAAUUAUGCACAUGCAAUAUAUUAUAUGUUAUCAAGAUUAAAAGUAUAUAUAUAAUAAUUGAAAUAUUUAGGGAUUAUUUAAUAUCUCAUAGAAAGUAGAAAUAGAAGGUGAGAGAUUAAAACAGUUCUUUUAAUAUUGGUUAGAAUUCUAUAAUAGGGAAAUAUAAAAUUAAGUACUUUUCGAUUCUAAAUGUUUAUAUAAGAGAGUAUAAAAUGACUAUUUAAAUAUUUAGUUGAUUCUAAUAUUUUAGGGUAUAGAUAGAUUUCGUGAUUCAAAUGGUGAAAUAAGAGCAUCAUAUUGGUUACCUAAGACUCUUCCAGAUAAUAUCAAAGUUAUUGUCACUGCUAGAAUGGAUUCAAAAGCUUAUGAGUAUUUUAAUGAUUUAGGUGGAUCUAUUAUUAAGAUGUAUAAUAUUAAUAUAUAUAAAUUUUAGUGAUUGGAACAAGAAAGAAUGGUUACAAACAUUUUCUUAAUAUAAUUCUCUUUACGUAUCAAUAAGACGUAAUUUCAUUAGAAGAUCUAUCGAAAGUUCCCUUUGAAGUUAUAAGACUAGACUCUAUUUAGCAUGAGUUUCGAAGCCAUCUUCACUAAUUCAGCAGAAGAAUAUUCAACUAUCAAUCAAGAUGUUCUUAUGCAUCUCGAAAGUAACUUUGUAUUUCAUUAAAUUUAGGUGUUAAAUCAGAAAAUGAUUUUUAUAUUCUCUUAAUCUCAACUUUCAUUAAAUAUUAUCAUGAAUAACAAUACACAUAAAUCUUAUGCAUUUUAAGUUAUGUUUUCAGAGGUAUUUCUAUUGAAGAAAUAACUAAUACAUCCAAUUGUGACAAACAACAUUUCUUAAUUGUUUAUUCAUAUUUCAAAGUAAAUAAUUAAAUCUUAUAUAGAUCUUUUUUAUGGAAAAAGAAGACGUCUAUUCCAUUUUCAGCUUAACAUUUAAAAAUGCCUUAAUUAACUACUUCCCUUAUAAUAAAACAUUAUUUCAAUCUUUUAUAGUAACAAUGGAACACUCACAGAAUUCUAUUCGAAAAAUGGAAGAAUUGAUUUAUUAAUAUACUAGAGGGAAAAGAUAUUUCAAAUUGAAAGAAAUCUUAACUAAUAUUGAGAGUUUCUUAUUAUAUUGUACUCCCGAUCAUAAAUUUGAAUUAUGUCAUUUAUGGUAGAUUCUAGAGCAGAAUGGAUAUGAUUUAGUUAUGGAAUAUAAUAAAGCAAUAGAAAACUUUUAGGCUCUUUAUAAACCUACUAACGAAGGUUUAUUUUAUAUAAUUGUACAGAUUUGUAAAUUUCUAAGAGAAUACAGCGUCUUUGAAAAGUAAUUGAUGAUAGUAAUGAAUAUAGUGAUCAUAUUCCCCCUUACAAGCAUCCACAAUUACGAGGAUAAUCAAUUGAAUUUGAUGAAAUAGGAUUGUAUGAUGAACUAAAAGAAUUAAAGAUGAUUGCGAAGAAAAAGAAGAAGGUUAUGAAUGAAGAUUACUUUCCUACUUAAAUUACAAAUAUUGACACUCUUAAUAUGGAUGUCAAAUCUAAUCGAGAUUAUUUUAUUAAUUAUUAUAUGACUCAAUUUGAUCAAGAUUUAGUUUAAGAAUAUAUCACAACUAAAUAAGAAUAAUUGUUAGAUAAAAUAAUUACCUAUACAAGGAAUCAACAAUUCUAUUAUUAUAAAAGGUGGAUUUGGGUAUAAUUUCCUUGGUUGGCAUUGACCCAGAAACACAAUUAUUCUAAAUUAAUAGGAUAGUACAAUAUGAAUAACAUUCCUUUAUAGGAAGAGUUAUAAAUAAAUCAGAAAGCAAUUAAGUUUGCAUAGAUUGCGAAAUAAACAAAACAAAUGAAGGAAUAUAAUUGUAAUAUACAUAAACAAUAAUUGUAAAGCAUCUAAAUUGCCAUCCAUAAAUUCUAGUAUUAGAUAAAGAAGAUAUAGCCCAUUAGAGACUUCUAGGAUUACUAAUAUAUUGAAAACAAGAGCAGAUUCUGAACAUACGAAAUCAACAGAAAGAAGUUUAAAGAAAUUCACAUUCCCUUGUAUAUAGAAAAUGCAAUAUUAAAAGAAAUUAGAUUAAAUAGUUUACUAAAAGUAUAAUGGUAUCACUACUAUUUUAGUUAGGUAUUAAAGAAUCGAUUAAAAGAAUAUAAUACAAUUAGAUAGAAUAUGUAUCCUGAUC